AUUCCAACAAAAACUUCUGUUGACGAGCCCAGUGCCUCCGUCGCCGGCACCGUUCUUCCAUCGUCGGCUAACCUCCCGUCGCCCUCAAUCGUCGGAAAACAAGUAAGUUUAUUUUUUCCGGCCAGUUUUCCAGUUUUCCGGCAAGUUUUCCAGUUUUCCGGCGAAAAACAGGGCGGGCCGAAAAAAAACUGCAGCCUAUACGCCGCCGAGCCGAAAAAAAUUUUCGGCCGGUGCGACGGCCUGCCGAAAAAUUCUUUCGCCCCGGCGACGCCGCGGCCGCAAAUUUUUUUCGGCCGGUCGCCGACCUCGCCGCCCAAAAAAUUUCCGGCGGCGUGUUCGUCGGCCGGCCGAAAAAAAUUUGCGGCCGUGGCGUCGCCGGGCCGAAAGAAAUUUUCGGCCGGCCGUCGCACCGGCCGAAAAAUUCUUUCGGCCCGGCGACGCCACGGCCGCAAAUUUUUUUCGGCCGGCCGACGCUCCGGCCGCAAAUUGUUUUCGGCCCGGCGGCGCACCGGCCGCAAAAUUCUUUCGGCCCGGCCAGUUUUUGUAUUUAAUUUAAUUUAAUACGAUAAUUAAUUAAUAAAUAAAUAAAUACUUAAUUAGUUAGUAGAAAUUAGCAAUUAGUGUUAAUAUUUAUUUCAGUUGGUUCAUAAAUGUUUUUUUUUGUAAUAGGCGUUUGAAUGUUUAAUUACUUAGAUUAGUUAAUGGAAUUUUAAUUAAUUAAGAAUUGAUUUAACAAUUAAUGUUAAUAUUCAGUACAUUAGUUAAUAGAAAUUUAAUUAAUUUGUGAUUAAUUAACAAUUGAUGUUAAUAUUACAUUAGUUAAUAGAAAAUUAAUUAAUUAGUGCGCAUCUAAGUAUGAUAUUUUGUAAAUUUGUAGAUAAUUAGAUAUGGAUGAUGCGGGUCAUGCGGGUGGGGAUGAGUUGAAUAGAUUCAAUGGUAGGGUUGUUGAUGUAUCAGCACGAAGGAAGAAUAAGGAGAAUAAGCGCUCUCGAGAUAUUGGACAUCAGUCACAGGCAAAUUUAGGGGAGGAUGAGUUAGAGGCUCCUACUGUAGUUGCUCGUUCGGCAUCACGAGCGUCUGGUUCCCAUGGGAGGAACCAGGGUGCUGCAUCCAGAGUGGUCUCGGCUGAGUUUGAUGAGGACGAUAGUGAUGAGGAUAUCGAGGUCCCUCCACCUACGCGUGGACAUGGACGAGUGUCGUCUCGUACGGCAACAUCACGUCCUGCUAUGUAUAGGGACCGAGCUGGGCGCUUCGUACCACCUGCUCGUCAGGAGACAGAGAGCUCGGGGACUGGACGGAGUAGGGGAGGACGUUCGAGUGGUCCUCCACCGUGGGAGCUUGUUGGUGAGUGUCCUGGUGGACCUACGGAUCCUAGCCUCAUUAGGAGCUUUCGUGGACACGUUGCCUAUGCGCUUUGGACGGGGGCUGGAGAUCGAGGGGUCAUCAGUUGCUACAGCCGUACAUCGGCGGUUGCUUAUUUGAGUAGCUACGUGUUUAGUCAUGUUGAGGCGGAGAAUCUGGUUCAGCAGUCAGGUCUCCAGCACCUGAUGUACUCUAUGUUCCGCAGGAUAGCGAUUGACGAUGCUUUGAUCUCAGCUUUUGUGGAGAGGUGGCAGCCAGACACGAACACCUUCCACUUGCCUUUUGGAGAGAUGACGAUCCUCCUCCACGAUGUUCAGUACUUACUGCAGAUUCCUGUUGAGGGACGACUGAUGAGUAGGAGUUCUGCGCAGCUUGACCAUCCGGAGGCGGGUUUGUGUGCGCUUCUUGGGAUGAACUCGGAGCAGUUGAGUGGUCGUACGGAGGUCCCUGGAUAUAAUAAUAGGGGUAAGUGGUACGAGAAGGGUGGUUUUCUUGCAGAGAUGGCGUCCAGAUACUUGCAGAGCCACGGGACACAUGUGACAGAGGCGCAGUCGUACUUGUUGUUGUUGUUGGGGUCCACUUUGUUUGUGGACAAGAGUAGAGACAGGGUUCGGUCGGUGGUGAACCUAUUUUUGGACGAGUUGGAGGAGUUAGAUCAGUAUAGUUGGGCGUCAGGUACACUUGCUUGGUUGUACAGAUACCUUGGUCAGGCGUCUCGUGCUGGUGCCAGGGGGAUGGCUGGUUGUCUCACACUUCUGCAGUGUUGGAUCUACGAGUACUUUCCGGGUUUCAGGCCAUCUCACUUCGAGCCUGCCGCCGUUGGACCUGAUGAUGCUUGGGCUUCACGAUGGAUUGGGCAGCCGGCACCUGGUUCUGUGGCGGAUCCCAGUGUGAGGUUGGCGUUCUACCGUCGAGCUCUUGACAGCUUGACCCCUUCUGAUGUGUUUUGGACACCUUUCCAUCAGAGGCCUCAUCAGGCAGUGCGUCGCUCUUUGUACACUGGAGUCAUCCGGUUCGCUGACAUAGGCGAGUUCUAUGAUCCAGCCCGUUGCCUCCGACAGUUUGGAUAUGUUCAGAUGGUACCGCCUGCCCCUUCGCGUCCUCAGCGAGCAGACCGACCAGAGGCACCUGGUGGAUAUGUCAUUCGGAUUCCUGAGAGUUUUGAUGCUGCAUGGGAAUGUUGAUGCUUAAUAAUUGCACAUGCAAUGUUGAAAUUCUUCUUCACUGGAGUAACCCCAAUAAUCUCAACCCAUGGCCAGCCGUACCUGUUGGUCUUGUAGGUCGAGUCAAUGAGGAUGACGUACGGCCAUGCAUGCAACAUCUGAAUGGACGUCGGGUGCGCAAAAAACAGAUUAGUGAGCACAUUAUUAGAGUCCUUUUGCAAACAGAUAUGGUACCCACGAUGUUCAGCUCCGUGAAGCGCAAACUGUAUCGCAUCCAUUUCACCCAUCUCAUCCAAUCUUGUCUUGGAAUUUAUGUUGUACAUCUGUUUGAUAUCAUGAUGCACACCCCCUUCAGUAUUGAGUGUCGUCUUCUGCUGAUUUGGUCUCACCCCCGCCUUCCUCAUUAAUCUUAACCUCUCUUUUUCAGCCUCACUAAACUGUUUGUUGUGUCGGUGAUGUUCUGGAUACAACACCUUUUCAUGGUUGUGAAACCCUCUAUUAGCUCCGGUUUCACGACUUGUCACUCCCACCAUGACCCAUGUGUUUGGACCAUCCUUUUGCCAUACUUCCUUUAUACAUAUCUGAAACUGGCAACCAGUACCCUUCGAACUAAUAUUCUCACGCGUCUCCUUCGUAGGGUCUGGUUUAUAAGACUUAACGAUCCUACUACUUCUGUCGCAAUACAUACAGAGGGCAGUAACAGGAUUCUGUCCAGCAGUAUUCGGUUUCCAUGAUCCUCUAACAAUAAAGAACCCACACUGCUGAGCGAUUGUUCUUGCAGCUAACUCAGCUAACUCCACACUUGCAUAAUGGAUCCCAUUCUCAAAUUCAUGUGUGUAAUCAUGAUCGGCCGGUAACAACUCUGACAUUUUUCCUACAAUUACAAUAUAAUAUAUCAAUAUUCCUGUGAACCUAAACGCUAAUUUCAAUUCUUAACCGCUAAAUUCAACUCCUAAACUCUAAAUUCAAUUCUUACACGCUAAAUUCAACUCCUAAACUCUAAAUUCAACUCCUAAAAUCGAAUUUUUCCGAAAAAUUGCAAAAACAGACUGUGGGCCGAAAAUUUCCGGUGGCCGGAACCUGGCCGGGCCGAAAAUUUCCGGCGGGCGGAACCUGGCCGGGCCGAAAAUUUCCGGUGGCUGGAACCUGGCCGGGCCGAAAAUAUCUUGCGGCUCAGCCUGGUUGCGGCCGCCGGAAUUUUUCGGCUCGGCCAGGUUCCGGCCACCGGAAAUUUUCGGCCCGGCCAGGUUCCGGCCGCCGGAAAUUUUCGGCCCACCGUCUGUUCGUUUCAAAUCGUCGGGAAAAUUGUUCGAAACUACAAAAAAAUUACGCACCUGCUUAGUGAUGAUUCAUUGAUGCGUGUACGCAGUAUAUGUCGAGGAUAGGCUUUCCCGAUGAUUUUCCGGCGACUUUUCCGGCGAGCGUUGAAUUUUUCUGAUUCAAUAUGUUCUCUGAAAGUUGGAUAUGUUGUAGAUUGUGAAACUCCUUACCCUACUAUGUAUAUAUAUACUUUUUUUUUUUUUUUUGUUUGGCAGCAAAUAGCAAUUUGGUUGGCGGCAAAUAGCAAGCCCCUUAAAUAUAGGGCUCAUUGAGGC